AUGGCUCAAUACAAAGGAGCCGCCAGCGAAGCUGGGAGAGCCAUGCAACUGAUGAAAAAACGAGAAAAGGAGAGAGAACAACUUGAACAACUGAAACAGAGGAUUGCAGAGGACAACAUGGUCAAAUCUAACAUCGACAAGAAGUUUUCUGCCCACUAUGACGCUGUGGAGGCAGAGUUAAAGUCCAGCACAGUUGGUCUGGUAACACUGAAUGAUAUGAAAGCUAAACAGGAGGCUCUUGUGAAGGAACGCGAGAAACAGUUGGCUAAGAAGGAGCAAUCCAAGGAGCUCCAGCUCAAGCUCGAGAAGCAGAAGGAGAAGAAGAGGAAAGAAGAACAGAAAAGGAAAAUUGCCAGUUUAUCAUUCAAUCCUGAAGAUGACGGUGACGAGGAUGAUGAAGAUGAGGAGGAUGAAAAGGAAGAGGAAGACGAAGAGGAAGAAGAGCAGGAAUAUGUCCCUGUAAAGAAGAAGAAGCUUGGAAAAAAUCCAGAUGUGGAUACAAGUUUUCUUCCUGACCGUGACCGAGAGGAGGAGGAGAAUCGUCUCCGUGAAGAGCUUAGACAGGAGUGGGAGCUCAAACAAGAAAAGAUUAAGAGUGAGGAAAUCGAGAUUACCUUCAGCUACUGGGAUGGAUCAGGACAUCGCAAGACUGUCAAAAUGAAAAAGGGCAACACAAUCCAGAACUUCCUGCAAAGGGCCCUGGAAGUUCUAAGAAAGGACUUCAGUGAGCUGAGGUCUGCUGGAGUUGAGCAGCUGAUGUAUAUCAAAGAAGAUCUGAUCAUCCCACAUCACCACAGCUUUUACGACUUCAUCGUGACCAAAGCCAGGGGCAAAUCAGGUCCGCUCUUCAGCUUUGACGUCCAUGAUGAUAUUCGUCUGGUCAAUGAUGCCACUGUAGAGAAAGAUGAGUCUCACGCGGGGAAAGUAGUGCUGAGGAGCUGGUACGAGAAAAACAAGCACAUCUUCCCCGCUAGUCGCUGGGAACCAUACGACCCUGAGAAGAAAUGGGACAAAUACACGAUCCGGUAA